AUGGAUGUUUAUAUUCCAUCACACUUCAGUUCGUCAGUUCGACCGUUAACAUAUAUGAAUGCACCAAUUGCAGUUAGUAAUAAAAUUCGAGCAAUUCGAGCAAGAAAAGACAGAAGUGUUGCUACUUAUGUACGUUCAGAAAUUCAUCCAUUGAACACUAUUGAAAAUAAUUUGACAAAUAAUAAUUAUAAUUCACAAAUACUAAAAGAACGUUUAACAGCCGAAAAGCUGUUUGAUAGAAAAUUUAAAUUAGAUCGUGUAAUACUGCAACAACAACCGACACGUUUAUCAGUAUUGUCAUCAAAUCCAUCGUUACUAUGGCCAAGCUAUGGUACAGCUGUCACUUCACGUCCUAGACGAUCUCAAUCAAGUUCAACAACAACUAUUACACCACCCAUCGAAUCUGCAACACCAAUAAAAUCAAAUCAAAUCGCUGUUAUGCCGGAUAUUCUAUUAAAACGUUCAUUAAGUCGUCCACAAACAAAAGCCUCUUUAAUUCAAAUGAACGAAAAAAAAAUUAAUUUAUCAGAUGUCGAACAACCGUUUAUUAUAGUAAAAGAACAAGAUAAAAAAAUGUUUAAAAAUCAAUCAUUAACUCACUUGAAUAGAAAUUUUAAUAACAUCAAUAAAACAAAUGCGAUAAAACGAACAAUAAUAACGGCAAAACUAAAAACCCAAUCACCAACUCCUAAACGUUUUCAGACAACACCGUAUCGCACCAUGCGAAUUCCUGAAAUUAAUGAUUGUGAUAAUAACAGUGAAAAUAAAAAUGACGAGGAAGAGAUUGUUGAUGAAGAAUUUCAAAAAUAUUUACCACAAGCAAUUGAAAAAUGUGCUAAUUGGCUGAUACGAUAUGUGUUUGUGGAUCAGGAUGAAAACAAAAAUGUUGAUACGGAUAUAUAA